GGGAGCUGAGUGCGAGGGGCCAUUUUGAGCCCGUGGUUAAAGGACAGGGCUGGUCCGACGCGGCCCUGGGAGCCCAGGCACCAGGGUCUAAGGAUAACUCUGUGGAUAUGCUGGCCAUGAUUCCCACUGAGGACCCUGAGAUUUCUGCACUUUGAGCAAUGUCAAGUUCCACCAGACUUGUUCUGAGGCCCCUAUCCUAGACAAUGGCUAAGGGCCUCCUGGUGACUUAUAUUCUCUGGGCUGUAGGGGGCCCUUUUGGCCUCCACCACCUAUACCUGGAAAGGGACAGCCAUGCCCUGCUGUGGAUGCUUACCCUGGGGGGUUGUGGGCUAGGUUGGCUCUGGGAGUUCUGGAAGCUCCCAAGAUUUGUAGCAGAAGCCAACAGAGGCCAGAGGCAGAAACAAAGCCCAGAUGAGGGGACACCUCCCCUGAGUCCCAUUCGCUUUGCAGCUCAGAUGAUAGUGGGCAUCUAUUUUGGCCUUGUGGCUCUGAUUAGUCUUUCUCCCAUGGCCAACUUCUACAUUGUAGGCCUCCCACUGUCAGUUGGCUUAGGGGUCUUGCUGGUGGCAGCUGUUGGCAACCAGACCUCAAACUUUAAAAGCACUCUGGGUGUGGCAUUCCUUACUUCCCCCAUCUUUUAUGGCCGCCCCAUAGCCAUUCUGCCUAUCAGCUUGGCUGCCAGCAUCACAGCCCAGAAGCAUCGCUGCUACAAAUCCUCAGCAGAGUCGGAGACUCUCAGUGUGCGACUCUACCGGCUGGGCCUGGCAUACCUUGCUUUCACAGGCCCGCUGGCAUACAGUGCCCUGAGCAACACAGCUGCCACCCUCAACUACAUAGCAGAAAGCCUUGGCUCCUUCUUAAGCUGGUUCAGCUUCUUCCCCCUGCUUGGCCGCCUCAUUGAGUCUGUCCUCCUUCUGCCUUUUCGGAUCUGGCGGCUCCUGGUUGGGGAUCCUGGCCUCCACAGCAGCUAUUUCCAGCAAUGGGAGAAGUUCUAUGAGUCUGUUCCCAGUUUUCAGGAUGAGAAACAUCAGCUGGCAUACCAGGUUUUGGGCCUUUCAGAGAAGGCAACAAAUGAAGAAAUACACCGGCGUUACCGGGAGUUAGUGAAGAUCUGGCACCCUGAUCACAACCAGAAGCAGAGAGAAGAGGCCCAGAGGCACUUCCUGGAGAUCCAGGCUGCAUAUGAAGUCCUGAGUCAGCGCAGGACAUCCAGCGGGGCCUGGAGGUACUAAGGAAUAAACCCAAGGGCACUUUACCACUGAGCAAUAUCCCAAGACCUUUUUGAGACUAGGUGUCACCAAAUCUCGGCUAGUCUUAAACUUGUGAUCCUCCUUCCUAAACUAAAUACUGAGAUUACAGGUAUGAACCACCACUGCUGCCCUUGUUUCUUCAGAUCUGUUAAAUCAUAUUAUUGGAGCUGGGGGUGCUGACACACCUGUAGUCCCAGAACUUGGAAGACUGAAGCAGGUGGCUCCUAGUGAGUUCAAGGCCUGCCUGUAUUACAUAAAGAGUUUAAGGCUAACCUGAACUAUAGGAGGUUUGGGGGAAAAAAGUUGGAGCAGAACCAGGGUCAGUGGGCUCGUUUUGACCCUCUCUCUCUUGCAUGCAAAGUUAAG